CAAAACACCACUUCCCAGAAAAAGUUAUAUAUUUUUACUUUUUCUAUUAUUUUUAUUUUUAUUUAUUUAUUCAUUUAUUUUUACAUUACCAAACAUAUUUCCCUCUUUCUCGCUUCCUUGCUCUGUUCCUUUGAAAGCGAAAAAUGAAGUUUCGGCCACAACACACAUAUGCCACGUGCUCAUGAAAUUCAUCGUUACCCACUUUCUUCUAAUCUCUCUCUCUCUCUCUCUCUCUCUCUCUCUCUCUCUCUCGUAAACGCUUCUGGUUUCAGUUUUCUUUCAACUUCUGGGCAUCUCUUGGAUAGAUAGAUAGAUCUGGUUUUUUUUUUUAGCUUUUCUUUUUUUGGGAUUAUUUCAUAUAGAUUUUGUGCUGAUAUUAACAAUUUACUGUGUAUAAAUUGUUUGUUAUUGUAGUAUGUUGACUUGAUGGUCUUUGAUUAAACUCAAGCAAGAAAGUUCCUGCCAAUUUUUAUAGCUAUAGCGAAUAAUCUAACUUACUGUCAAUAACAAAGCCUUGACUUUUGCCAAUGUUUCAUGUUUAUUUGUCUUUGUUAUGGGAGUUCUACAAAUGAUUUCAAUUGAAAAGUAUCAAUUUUAAUUACUUAAUUUGAUCGUGUUCAUAUCUGUAUGCUUGUUUGUGCAAUACCCAUUUCGAAUUCAGCUAUAAAAAUUAUUUAUUCUUGUGUUAAUUUGCUGGGUUUUGAAUGUCAAGAGUGCUUUGUUUUUUAAUUCUAAAUAAGUUUUCCUAGCUUAAAGUAGUCUGUAAUUAUUAUUUUCCUUUUCGAGUCUUUUUUGCUUUCUUUCGAUGAAAAGUUCAUCGAUAUUAAGUUUGGAAGAAGGUAGCUAUAAGUUAUGGACCAUAGUUAACAAUUUAUAGAAAUUCUCAAGUAGAUUAAUGGCUAAUUUAUCCGAGCCAUCAUCAUCUUUGAGCUUUACUUCAUCUUCUCAUGCAUCAAAUGGCUCCAUUACUCAAGCCAUAUCGACCUCUUCAGGCUUUGAGGCAAGGUCUAGUCUUGAGGUGAUCAGUUUAACCAAGCUCAGCUCCAAUUUAGAGAAGCUGCUGAUUGAUUCCAGUUGCGAUUAUAGUGAUGCUGAUAUUGUUGUUGAGGGUAAACCUGUGGGCAUUCAUCGAUGUAUUCUAGCUGCUAGGAGCAGGUUUUUCCAUGACUUAUUUAAACAAGAAAAGGGGUCUCUAGAGAAGGAUGGGAAACCAAAGUAUUGUAUGAAUGAUUUGUUACCUUGUGGAGAGGUUGGAUAUGAAGCCUUUCUUAUUUUCUUGAACUACUUGUAUACCGGAAAACUUAAGCCUUCACCAAUGGAGGUAUCAACUUGUGUUGAUAACGUAUGCACUCAUGAUGCCUGUAGACCUGCAAUUAAUUUUGCUGUGGAAUUGCUAUACGCCUCAUCCAUAUUUCAAGUACCAGAGCUGGUUUCACUUUUCCAGAGACGCCUUCUUAACUUUGUUGGUAAGACUUAUGUGGAGGAUGUAAUCCCAAUCCUGGUUGUUGCCUUCCAUUGUCAAUCAAAUCAGCUUGUUGCUCAAUGUGUGGAUAGAAUAGCAAGGUCAGAUCUUGAUAACAUCUCAAUAGAGAAAGAGCUUCCAUAUGAAGUUGCAGAGAACAUUAGAUUGCUUCGCAUAAAGCCUAUUUCUGAUGAUGAAGAAAACGUUGAGGUUGUGGACCCCUUGCGUGAAAAGAGAAUCCGAAGAAUUCACAAGGCAUUAGAUUCUGAUGAUGUUGAGCUGGUAAAACUUCUUCUGACAGAGUCUGAAGUGACAAUGGACGAUGCCAAUGCACUUCACUAUGCUACAGCAUACUGUGACCCUAAGGUUGUUUCUGAGGUGCUUGGCCUUGGUCUUGCUGAUGUGAACCGUAGAAAUUCACAAGGCUAUACAGUUCUCCACAUUGCGGCAAUGCGAAGAGAACCAUCAGUGAUAGUAUCUUUACUGACGAAAGGGGCUUGUGCUUUAGAUUUAACAUCAGAUGGGCGAAGUGCUGUUAGCAUCUGCCGAAGGUUGACCAGGCCAAAAGAUUAUCAUGCUAAAACAGAGCAGGGGCAGGAAGCAAAUAAAGACCGGCUAUGCAUUGAUGUUUUAGAGAGAGAAAUGCGGAGGAACCCGAUGGCAGGAGAUGCUUCUAUCACUUCCCAAGCAACGCCUGAUGAUUUGCACAUGAAGCUUCUGUACUUGGAGAACAGAGUGGCAUUUGCACGAUUAUUCUUCCCUGCUGAAGCCAAGGUAGCCAUGGACAUUGCACAUGCCCAGACAACAUCCGAGUUUGCUGGCCUUUCUGCAACAAAAGGCUCAAAUGGGAAUUUUAGGGAGGUUGAUUUAAAUGAGACACCAAUAAUGCAGAACAAAAGACUGCGUUCCAGGUUGGAAGCCCUUAUGAAAACAGUGGAAAUGGGUCGACGGUAUUUCCCUAAAUGCUCCGAAGUGCUUGAUAAAUUCAUGGAAGAUGACCUUCCUGAUUUAUUUUACCUUGAAAAAGGCACCCCUGAUGAACAAAGAAUCAAGAGGAUGCGCUUCAUGGAGCUUAAAGAUGAUGUCCAGAAGGCUUUUAAUAAGGACAAGGCUGAGCGCUCAGUGUUGUCUUCCUCAUCAUCCUCAUCUUCUCUGAAAGAUGGGACCGACAAGGUUAGAAGAUUAUGAGGUUAUGUCAAUUAUGUCUCUAUAAGCCUUGGAGCAAAUUGUGCAGCGAUUUCUAAAUACUAAAACUAGCUGACUGCAAAAGAACAAUAUGUGAUUGUUUGAUCACUCAAUUUUAGUGUAAAUUAGAUCAAUUAGCUUAAUUUCAGUCAACAUGCAACAUAUAAAAAAAGAAUUUGACACUUCACAACUGUAAAUAUGUGGACUAUUACAGUCUCACAGCGAGAUUUCAUGCAAAUAAUUUACGAGGUUGUGCCACUCUUUCAGUUGCGGUUUGACCACAAUCAAGCUAAUUGAUCAAAUUUGCAAUUAAAGUUUAGUGAUCCAAAAAUUGCAGUUAAAUCUUUUAUGAGCACAGCUAUUAUCAGUGUAAAAUUCAGUGAUUGCUGAUACAAUUUACUUCAAGCUUUAUGAUUGAAAAUUUUGUUAGAGUUUCUGCAAUGAAGGGUCGUAAGAGUGUUGGCUCUGCGUGUAUCAUUUUAGCUAGCAGAAGAGCUACCUGACUCAAUGAGCUAAACUCCAGAUGCUAUAAAGCCAAUAGCAGCUUUGGGAAUUCAUAGAAAAUGUUCUUAGUUACCUGUAAGAGAGAAUGUUACUAGAAAAUGGCAACUGAUUCUUUCAAAUUUGUAAUUAUGCUAUUCUUAGUUUCUCCAGGUCAAACUCCAAUAUGAAAGCUUAUGCUAUAGUUUUUCAUUUGGUAGAUUAAAAAAAAAAAAAGGAUAGUGUGGUUCACUACUUCAAAUAAAUUCGGUGGUUUUUUAAUAUAAAAUUCCAAAUUUUUGUAGUU